GACGUGUUUCUUCAAAGGCGCGCUUUUGCACUCCUUUUUGCCAGCUUCCGUAGCUCUCUAAUGCGAAUGCUUUUCUUAAGUUUGUUCUAUGUUGAUUGAAAACCUUCCAUUCCUUACUUAUUCCAACCGGUCUGGUGAAGAACAGCUGUUUUUUUUUCUUCAAACCUACAUUCAGUACCUGAUUAGGCGGGCCAGUAUCGAACCGUAUCGGAAGCCGGUUCCGCAAGUGUCAACUUCUUUAGCGGAAUGUAAACAACAUUGUUAAGUGGUUCGCGAAACGAUUCCUCUGCAUCUGUGCGUCCGAGUGUGCCUCCAAAGUGUCUCUAGACUAUCGCAGUGACUCCGCCUAGCGGAAACCUGGUGACUAAGACGCGAUCUGCAGGCCGAGUCAAGUGUCCGUGUUUGUGUAUUAUGGAUUCUGAUUACUGUUAUUAUCGUUUCAAUUAGAUCAAUUUGCGCCAACUUCUGUUGCAUUGUUGUUGGGAGGACGGCAGAGCAGUUGUUGCUGUUUAGUGUUGCCCGGCGUGAGUGAGUGUUUGCUCUCUAUCUUUAGACUCGAUAGGGGCUAGCCCAGUGAAACUAUGUGCGCGGUUGCUUCUGACUGACUGGUGAUGCAUAAUUGGAAAAUUGGUGUUUAUGGUACAAGUAUGUUUACCUAAAAACCAUACGAGCACAAACAUACGAAUCCAAAGCCGCAGCCUGUGCAGUGUGAGAAAAUCUCUACAAUUUGGCAUCUGGAGGUUGCAGCCAACCGGCCCUUCAGAGCAUAGAGUUCGCGGUGUCUAGCCAAGGCGAAGAAACUUGGCCAUUGAUUCGCUAAUAGUAAUAAUAGCAAUAACAGCCGACAUUAUAAAAGCGGUAACCAAUCGAUGUGAAGUACUCAGAACCUUUUCUGCCGGCCGAACUUGGAACCAACGCAUGCCGGGCGGGGAAAUCUUGUAGUUUGUGUCGGUUUUGCGCGCACCCAUGCUGGACCUUGGUCUGAACCACUUUGUUGUUAUGACGGCAGCGCGAAGGCAGCGCUGGUUUCCGGUGUCUAUCACGAGAUAUUUUUCUAUCGAGUAAAUCGAGAGCACUGCAUGUAACUCCUCGUACGUGGAGCAGUGCUUGGUCCCGAUCCGUAGAUUGAAUAAGCUUGCAAAGACAUACGCCAGGGCGCUAGCCGUGGCCUAGCAUCGCAGGAUUGACUAAACACAAAGCAGAUGACUGUGGAACUGAAUAAAAAUGUUGUGCAUCACUGAUAUUCAUAGACUGGAGAAAAAUUAGGAAAAUAAUAGAUUGAAGCACAAAAUGGAGUACAAGCUGGACUCUUACAUUACUUUUAUAUGCGAUCCGAACUAUGUAUGAGCUUCCAGAAUUCAUAUUGAAAACUGUGAGCUAUAAGACAAGCACUGAAUAAGAAAUGUUCAAGUAAUGGAGUGUAGGACGGUCCGUUGAGUAUGAAAUGAACAAGAUAUAAAAACUACCGUUCAAACACUUUUAUUACCCUUUGCUAUUAUUUUAAUAUGUAAAUUAAACUAAAUAACUAUCCAUUAGGGCCAGUAUUUAAAUAGUAAGUGAUCACUAGUAGUAAUUUUACGCCUAGCUCAAGUGAUAGAGUGUCAACAGAGUUCCAUCCAUUUCUGUAGGCCAAUAUUGACUCGUUCGGGUCUCCAAUCCAGCACCGGUCUUGAAUCCAGCAAACAAAAAGCCAACGUGGGCUCGGUCAGUGAGGUACGAUACUGUUGACAAGCCGUUAAUAAUUAAUGAAAUCCUAAUGAGACGCAUUGGAUCGGCGAAGUUGCGAAAAGUUGCAGACGUGAAAGCAAAAGUUAUACUUUAGUCCGUCGGUCGGCGGGGUUGCCAGACCAGCAAUUGUGAAGUGUGUACGUGUUGAUGUAUUUUGCCUAUAGUAGUAAAACAACGACUGUUGACUAAGUCACGAUUAUCACGUGCUGGAGUGGAAAAGUGGCUACCUGCUUUAACAGAAUUUUAAUGGAGUAAUUAAUGCACACGGAUGAAGAAAGGGGGAAACAAAUGCAGUAAAUCUUACCGCCGCGGACACAGUGAUCGAGUAUGUGCUGUUAGCGCUAGAACGUUCUUGCUAGGAAAGAGGGGUCAUUACAGAAGUUUAGAUUUUCCAAGUGCAAGUGCAAGAGAACGGAAGAGCUGCUACGGUCAGGUUAGAUCGAGUUACCCCCAGAAGAACUAAGGCUUGGCCUUCUGGAUUAUGCUGUUUCGUUGCCGGUUGUACCCGCUGACAACGAGUUUCCUUGAAUGGUGUGACUUGUAGAGUUCUAGUUUCUAAUGAAGCUGGCGCGACUAGAUUAGUAGUGAUUGUGUGCCGUUCUAUUCGAAGUCGUCGCCGCUCGGUGUCGUGCCCCAUAGAAAUCUCGGCCCAGUUUACCCGCUGAUAAGUGACUGCUUGGCUACUGUUGCCUGGUGCCCUGCUGAUGGCGCGGUAGCGGACGGUGGGCAUCAUACCACUGCCGAGCUGCCACCCCGCUGCUGGGUAUCCUUUCAACCCACAAAGAAGACGGAUUAUCAUUUUGAUACUGGGGUACUGGAAUUUUAAUGGUUUACAUGAAUGGACUCGGCAAUGACCCUCUGUCUGCGAAGGAGGCAGAGGGCCCUCCAGUCCAGCUGGAACCAGUUGAUCUCAGUGUUCGCACACCGCCAAAAGAUACAGCAGCAGUAAGAUCCGCCACCGCUCUCCGUGUCCGCAGCGGCAUCCUGAAACGACCGCCACCGCCACUUAUCUCAGCACCGCACCUGUUAGCGUUAAGGCACAAAACGAAAGACUUAUUCUUGUCCAUCAACAACGAUGCCAGUAAAUCCAACUCGCCAUUCACAGCCAGUCACCUGUUCUCGUCACUUUGCGGAAACACCAUCAUCAACAACAACAACAAUAACAACGAAAAGGAUGCCUUCACCAACAACAAUAACAAUAACACUAGCAUUAACAAUAAUAACAAUUACCUUAGCGAUGAUACGAAAACAAGUACCUUACGUGAAACGUAUCCUAUGUACAACUAUUGUGUUCAACAGAGUCCUACGCAACUGUUUCCGCCGUUUGUCGCCGGCGCAUUCAGCCAUCACACGCACCCCCACCAUCCGCACGCGUUGUCCGCACAGGACAUUGGACGCCAUACACCACCCCACCCUUUUCUGGAUCUCCAACAGCAGCACCAACCGGUGGGAUCGGGUCAGCCAUCAGCCCUGCAACCAGUACCAGUACUAAGUUCCAACCUGAUGGCACCGAUUCCGCUAGCCGCCUCGAUAGCAAUCGCGUCUAGCCUGCCCAAGAAUCACCCUCUAAGUGAGUCGGCCUCGGCGGCCGCAGCAUUUCGUCGGUUACUGCAACCUUCCUCCUCGGCAUCCGGGAUAGUGGCCAGUACGGCAGCGGCCGCAGCAGCUGUGGCCGCAAGUCGAGCUCUGCUGGAAGCUCGACAUACCAGCAGCAGUAGUCCCGAUCGACACAAAGGUGACCGAAUUGACUAUUCACUUUCACCGCGGCUUCCGCCGGAUAUCGGUGGUCCAGGAGGAGGAGGAGGAGGAGGAGGCGAGAGUGGUAAAAGUUUAGUCUCCAAAAAUCGUAAAAUACAUCGUUGUGACGCUAGUGGAUGCGAUAAGGUGUACACCAAAAGUUCCCACCUGAAGGCGCACAAACGAACGCAUACAGGUGAAAAGCCAUACAUCUGUACCUGGGAAGGCUGUGUGUGGCGUUUUGCCCGGUCCGACGAAUUGACGCGACACUAUCGAAAGCACACCGGUCUCAAACCGUUCCGUUGCAAACUCUGUACACGUUCCUUCAGCCGCUCCGAUCACCUGUCACUGCACAUGAAGCGGCACUGAAACGGCAAUCAUUUGAUACUCCAAGCCGCAAUAUGUACUCCACCAGCGCGCAAGUGCUGAUAUUUUAAGUAAAACAAAUCCUCGAAUCUCAUUUCUUUGUAAUUUGUCUUUCUUGUAGGUAUGCUAUGUAAAUGCUGAAAUUGUUAUUCAGUUGUACGAGAGGUAUCUGUAGGUUUUAAAAGAGUAGUCUUCACGUCAACAACUGUUCAUAUCGGUUAUCUGUUCUAGAUGAUGCAAUUAAGGUUCUACUUACCAUUGUUGUAAAACGCAAAACCAGUUUCCUCCGUGAUCGCUUGAUGAAUAUUCAAGAAAAAAAACAUUAGCUUGUUCAGAAAACUGUUCCAAACAAACUGAUAUUUGUUUUUUUUUUGGGUUCCCAUUCAACUACAACGAAGAAAACUGGCCGUUUUCAUGUGAUUGUAAAUUACCCCCUGAGGGCUGUGGCCAGUAGGUCCCGUAAAACCACGUGGCUCGCUGUGCGUAUAACAUUUCUCUCCAUGCUCUCUCGAUGUGGCCGGGUGGCCAAGAAAGUUUUGAUAUUUUCGGUUACAAGUUUGACUACAUCACAUACAAUCCAAAAAAGCUGCCGCUUGUUUGGCAGCCUUUUUGAGCCGAUUUUAUUUCUCUCUCAUGUUUCGUUACGUUACCAGGGAACAAAAAGGGGCCAACAUAGAAAUCGACUUACCUCCACAAAAAUAACUUAAACUUCAUUUUCAUCGCGACAACAUAUAUGUUUUUAUGCUCUAAUCGCAUCUAAAUUAAAUUAUCUAGACAUUGUCAGGAUAGAUUUUUGAUCCAUGUUUUUGAAGGCGAGAUAUUCAAUGAACAAGUUGAAAGUUGCCGUUUUCAGCUAUGCAAUUCUUCCUUCAGAAAAAAAGACUUUCCCGACCGCUAAAGUCAAACAAUCAUUCUGAAAUUUUCACAGAAUAAUCUAAACUAAUUUUCUAAGAGAUUGUCAGUUGGGUUUUUUUUAUAUUCGUUACCGUUUCUGAGAAAAUCAGAUUUGAAGCGUGAAAAUAGCCCUUUAAAACGCCCUAAAACACGCUGGUCUCAGCCCUUAAACACACAAAAAAAGCGAGCGUAUUUGUCUAGUUACUUAUUCUUAUUAAAAAUGUACUUUGAAAUAAUUCAGCCACAGAGAAACAACCAUAUUUUAGGUUGCUUCAAUCGAAUGUUUAGGCGUUGAAGUUUGCACAAACAUAUUUUGUGUUUGAUUUAACUGGCUGUGUACUUUAAAUUGAAGGGUAAGGCCACCAUGGAAUUUUCGAAGAAUCGAAUUUUUUUUUGUGAGCAUAAAAUUUCCCUAAAACCCUCUAUAAUAAUAAAAAAAAAGUCUUGUGGUCAAAACGAAUCUCGAACUGGUUGUUUACGACAAUUUGCGAAGGUGUCUCACGCCACGUUUAAUGCAUCCUAGACAACUUUAAAUGCGUUUUUCUAGAAACACGAUUUUUCAAAUCGGGCGAACUCAUAGCAGCUACAAAUCUUCAUCGAUUGUUUCCAACUUUUGAGAAGACUUUUAUAAGCACACUCAAGGAUGGCUUUUAUCGUAUCAAAGAACGCUCACUGGCAACUCUUAACACGAUUGAAUCAGUGCCAUCGAAGAGAGACGGAUAUCAUUGCAACAACAAAAACCAGGCAUGACUCAUUUAACAUAGAAUCGACACCAGUGCGAGAGCGAAUUUCUCUCGAUGGCAUUUCUGAAAAUCAAAGGUAAGCACGCUGCUGUGGGGAUCCUCUCUGAAGCAACAAACGGUCGCUUAUUCUCGUUUCGCGAUCCGAUUCUGUAUGGGAAGUGGAUAAUUGCGAUAGAAUCAUUUUACUAUUGCCGCUUAUUCUAACUAUGUGUAUAUAACCUUUGUAUAAGUUGUGUCUAUGAAAUUGUCUGUGAAGGGUUUUGAAAUAUUGCAACCUAGUAUGAGAAUCAUCAAGUAGAAUCAUCGAUUCGAUUUUCGGCGAUAAUUGUCAACUUGCGACGAUAAUUGUCACAGCAACGAUCAUUAUCAGACUGUAAAUUUUUCAAAGGGCGGGAAAAACUCAGAGUAUGAAGUGGAGCGAAGAAAUGUAGCAAAAUUCUCUCACGGUUCAUGCAUUGAAAGACUCGAGUUCUAGUAGCAUUUUUUACCGGAUUGAAAAUGUUGUAUACAAUGUAGAUAGCAAUAUAGCAGCUUCUGUCAAAUUUUCGGCAAUCAACAAAACUGGUCUCCUUUGAUAUAAAAUAGUAUCUGUAUUUGUCAAAAAACAUCAUUUUUCGUCGAAUAAAUUGUAUACUGAACUCCCCCUUCUUAGUCAACUUACUACAGCUCUCCUCCAUGAUUAUUCUUAUAACCACCUUUGAGUAGUGUAGAAAGUAUCUGAGCUCGUCAUAAAGUAUCGAUUCCCAUCUUUUAUGCCAAAAUUUUGCGUUGUGUUCAAAAUAACUAUCUAGCACGACCUUGUCAUUCGUGUCCUUCUCUUGUUUUACUAAAAAUGGCAGAUGUAAAUAGGUUUUCAAAACCCUCCCCUUGCAGUCUACAUCUGCCUUCUCCACCACUCCCAGGAAAUUUUUUUUACAAUAAACAUCCCUUUUCAGAGGUACUUUCUACAAACUCCAUCCUUUGAUCACCUUUGUGUUGUUAUAAAUAUCUGUGCCUGUCGAAAAAUGUCUAUUUCUGUAAAAUUCGAAAAAUUCUGCCUCAAAUUCCCCCUGUUAGCAAACGCUUACUACACCCCCUCCCAUAAAUAUCCUUAUCAGAGCUAAUACAAGUCAUUUUCAUUGACUCAAAAUAGACGAAAAUGACGAGAAAUUAAUGUCACUCUCAGCUUCGCUUGCAAACGAAAUCCAUGUCCAGUCAAUGACAUAAGCGGGAGAGUAGUUUCAAAAUUGUGUUUUUUCUUUCAUUUGUCCUUUCAGUCAUUUGCAGUUUUCAGUGAAAAUCCCAUAGUGUGCAUUGUCGAUAUUCUUCUUCUUCUUCUUCACUUCUGGUGGCGUCACCUCACUUGAGAUGACGCCGAUUGAUGGCACAGCGAUUUAGCUAUAUUGCCAGUUAGCUUUCGUUUAUAGUCCAAUGGACUUUCUUUUCACUGGACUACAAGUGAAACCCUCGCUAUGUGACAACGUGGAGUCACCGAAGUACGGAUGAAAAUCCUUUCUUUCUCGCGAAAUACUCGAAUUUUCACCGCACUAACACGAUACGACGUGUUCACUCGUUGAGGGUUUCACCGGAAGUGAUUGUCGAUAUUCAACCGAAGCUGUGAGAAUCGAAAAUGACAGAAAAAGGUUUCACAAUAACUUUUACUUGUUGGUGCUCGAAUUUGUAGUAGUUUUGGUUUCCAAAGAGGUAGUAGUUUUUGAUUCCAAAGAGGUUCUGGGAUGUAAUUACUAUUACCGUUUUCGUUUAUUGAUCAGAGCAGCCCGAAAGCUGACCCAGAGUCGCCCAAACAACGUUUGAUAUGUUUGUUUUAGCAACCUGAGGUCGCUCUAGAUCGGACUCCAACCGCGUAGUUUCGCUCUGAAAAUUUUUUCGGGUUGCACCACGCAUCCAUGCAAGUUUGUUUAUUUUUUCAUUUUUUCAUGAGUUGUUGUUCAGGGCGCGUACCACGUGUUCGUUUUACUCGGAGUCAGAGUUGCCCGCGUCUAGGUUCAAAAACGAAAACGGUAUAUGAUUUGUCAUAUUUUAGUCACUCCUUAUAGCCAAGCGUCACAGAUUUUCAAUACAUCGAUGAGAGAAUGAGAAUUGAAAUUUUGCUGGUGCUCCCUGCAGACGUUAGAUUGGUUUCGUCUUGUCAUAGAGGAAAGACUGACGUUUGCAAUUAUUUUCUGUCAUUUAUUCAAUGAGAAAUGAAAAUGCUUCGUCUCUCUUCGUUUGUUCUGGUGUCGGUCAUUUACGAAUGAGACAGUAAAAUAUUGAAAAUGAGACUGAUGGAUUGGAUUCUUUCAUUGAGAAUGCGUGACAAUUUUAAGCUCUGAUCCUUAUAGCAACAUAUCAGCAGCAAUAUUAGCUUGAUCCUAGUUAGGUGUGAGAUGUGGUAAUCUAUUGAAUUGUUUCGGAGUUAUGGUCGAUCAUAAAAAUAACCAUACUCCACCCCACCUAAAAAAUGCUCUUAGGAUCAUCUGAAGUGCAAAAAAUAUAUCUGUGCUUAGUAUCGUUGUUUGUAAAAUUCUAUCACUUAAACCUUCUUUUUUAGAGGAACUCAUUAUAUCAACCCCCUCAAAUACCCGUAAGAUCACAUUUGAGUUUUCCAAAAAGUAUGGAUGGUCAUCAAAAAUUAUCGAUUCUCUUCAAAUAAUAAAAAUUUCAUCAUUGCCUCCUACCAUGUUAAAUACAUUUACUACACACUCUCCUUUCUGAAAAUUAGAGGCACUUACUACAUCCACCCCCCACAAAUACCCAUAAAAUCAUAUUUGAGUUUUUUAAAUAGUAUGUAUGGGGCGCAUUCCACGCAAAAUCAGCAACCCAAAAAUUUUUUUUCAUCUAUUUUUUUUUCGGUAAAGAAUUUGAAAAUAUUCGACACGUAUUUUUCUAUUUCAAUAUGGAACGUAGAAUUUUCGAGAUAUGAUUUUUUGAAAUUUCGCGGUUUUCAAAAAAGAACCUUUUUUCAACAGCAUAUACUGUAAACUCUAAUAAAGAUACAAAAAUUUGUCUAAGAUAUGAAACGUUCGUCUUUUCCUUAGCUUUCUAUUAAGCGAUUCCAUAAAGCAACCUUUAAAGUUAAUAUAAAGAAUAAAGUUAAAAAUUAAUAAACAAAUAAAACAAAUAAACUUGGGCCUAAUUUUUGUUUUCUUUUUUUUUUGUUAAAAAAGAAGCCUUAAAGGUUUAACUCAAUCUUGGUAAAGUUUCAGAGUGGAAAGAUCAAUACUUUCGGAGCAGUGAUUUUUUCAAUUACGACCCGCACGCGCGGCGCCUACUGCAGCGCAACUCACUCAAAUACGGGCUUAACUUGUCGACACAUGUCGCGCCACUGAUCGAAUCCUAACUUUGACAGUUUAUUGUUAGCAACGUUUCAGGUGAGCCCGUCAUCUCGUUUUAGUGCGGCGAAAUUCGUGUAUUUACAAUUUUUUUUGCAUACUUUGGCCACUCGAUGUUGCAACACAGCAAGGUUUUCGCUGGUAGUCCAGUGAAAAGUAAGUCAAUUGGACUAUAAACGAAAAUUAUUUACUGGAAUUUAUGUUUAGUAACGUUGAAACUAGGUUCGAAACUGGCUUCAAACAAACGGUUUGGCAGCAGUUAAGGUGGAAGCUGGGUUAGGUUUAACAUCAGACGAAAACAACAGUGCCAUCUAUCGAGAAGAUAAGCUGUCAAAAUAUGUUUGAUUGGAACAUCAGAGUCGCUUCUUUGGAAUGAAUAAAGUCUACAGAUUCUAUUUUAAUAAGACAUUGAAUUUAGAUACAGCUUCUGAUUUACACAGUUUUAUUUCAACAUCCAUAAUUUUAAAUCGUAAAAUUGUAUUAAUCUAGAACACUGAUAACCGAGAGUAAAUCGACUGAUGAGUAUUCUCUAAUGAUUUCUACAGCCUUAAUCUGCAACCGUUGAACUCUCUCAAGUGAAAGUGAUUUGCAUCGUUAUUAAGAACAGUACAUAGAAUCAGAACGUAGUUCGGUGGAAUUACGCUGAUAGAAUUGUUCAGAUUUCUAGAAUGAUUUCUUUCUGACAGUAGCAAGUGCUAACAUAGGCUAUGCCUUCCUAUAGUUGAUUCGACGUAGAUCGGAAUAAUUCUGCGAACCCAGUGCGAAAGCCAGUUGACACUUUGCCGUAGCUAAUUUAUUAAUAGAUUUUAACCGUUUUACUGUACACGUAGACUAGCAUUAGAAGUUGUUAUUGUACAUAAGAGUUUAAGAAACGAACUAGUGUGAGAAUAGCAAAAUGAGGACAAUAAACCCAGUAACAAGUGCAAUUACAAAGCAAACAAAUCCCAAACUAGCAACUAGGUAUGUGAGAGAAAACAGCCGUUAUGAGAUAGAGAUGAAAAAGAUGGAUCAAUGUUCCCUCCUUUUACUAAAUAGUUUAUAAUUCAAUUAGAUAGCCAAGUUUCACUGCGUUUAUGUUCGGAAAGUACCAAUGGAGAAAACAGAAAUAAAAGUUAAAGGUGAUUUGAUAUGGAAUGUAAAAAUAUAAGAACACAAAUAAUGCGAAAUUCUCGAUGCAAAACUUUCCGUAGACAAACGAAACGCUAGACAUCGAGUAACAACUUAAUACUUUAAACAUGAUAUUCCUAUUUUGGCGCCCUGAUAUUGGGAUGCACGUGCAAACAGAGAUUCCACUUGACACUAGGCAAGGAACCGGUUGAUAUUGUUAUUUCGUUCGAUAAGAAGUUCUAAAUGUGACAGUUUGUGUAUGAAUAAAAAAACACAAAAAUAAACAAAGGAGCCAGUAACUAGAUAAUUGUUUUUUUUUUAGUGAAUAGGGGUAGGAUUUCACAUCUAUAGGCAUGAUUUGAUGUCUGUUCGAGCCUAGUUUAGUAUAAUAUCAAAAAGGAAGAAACCGAGUGAGGGAUGGAAAGAACGCCAGUAUUUUCAAACGAUUGUUUUUUUUCUCUUGGCAGAAAUGCCCCAC